CACGUGACCUCCUCUCCUCCAGACUGCAUGCAGUUUGGUAUUAAAAUGUUUCCAGUACCCCCAACCAUUGUGUUGUUACUCGUGUGAGAUGACACACACGUCGGGCCGUUUGAACGAAUCAUAGCGUGACUCUGACUGCGGGCACUGACAGCACUCAGCGGACACGGUUGCGCUUGUUAUUCCCGAGGCUGUGCUGUGAAAGUGCGGCGCUCCUGUAGCCAGAGCGAGCUAGCUAACGUUAUUCGCGUCGGACGGAGGCGAGGCCCCAACCGGACAGCAACACGGGGGAACCAUGGCCAACAUCGCGGUUCAGAGGAUAAAACGAGAAUUCAAGGAGGUGCUAAAAAGCGAAGAGACAAGCAAAAACCAAAUAAAGGUGGAUCUGGUGGACGAGAACUUCACAGAACUUAAGGGGGAGAUAGCAGGGCCACCCGACACGCCAUAUGAAGGGGGUAGAUAUCAACUAGAAAUUAAAAUUCCUGAAACAUAUCCAUUCAAUCCACCCAAGGUGCGGUUCAUCACAAAGAUUUGGCAUCCCAACAUCAGCUCAGUCACAGGUGCAAUAUGUCUGGACAUUCUCAAAGACCAGUGGGCAGCAGCUAUGACACUGAGGACAGUCCUCUUGUCACUACAAGCCUUACUGGCAGCCGCAGAACCAGACGAUCCACAGGAUGCAGUGGUAGCCAAUCAGUACAAGCUGAACCCAGAGAUGUUCAAACAGACAGCAAGGCUCUGGUCUCACGUCUAUGCAGGUGCUCCCGUUUCCAGUCCAGAGUACACGCGUAAAAUAGACAAACUCUGUGCCAUGGGCUUUGAAAAAAAUGCAGUAAUAGUGGCGUUGUCGUCAAAAUCUUGGGACGUGGAGACAGCGACAGAGCUGCUUCUCAGUAACUGAACCAUGACACGAUCUUCAUUCAACUCUUCUCUCCACACACACACACACACACACACACACACACACACACACACACACACACACACACACACACACUCUCUCCUUCCCUGUCACACCCUUCAUUAACAGUGGACUCCUCCUCCCUCUUUUUUAUCCCCACUGUGUGGCAAAUCUCCUCUCCCCGCCCAUUGCCUCUGUCGUACCACACUCCAGUUAGUUGCUCUGUGAGCUCUUAUCUCUGGUUUUAGGUUAUUAUAAGUUUACUCAGUGCUGCAAUCAGCAAUCCAGCCACAUUCCAUCCCAUUUGAAACAAAUGCCAGAUUAAAUUCCUGUCCAUGCCUGCCAGUCACCCAGCUUUUCUGGCUGAUUGCAGCAUCCUUGCCUAUGCAGUGCAUUUUAUUAUUUAUGAAAACACUUUGUAGGACAGUCACUUCGGAGUGGAGUUGUUCAAAUAGGCUUGUUUCCAUCUGGUCCUGCUUUUUAUCCAUUUAUGAACAGGCAUUAAGUCUAGUUCUAGGCUAAAUACAUUUGUAAAUCGGUAUCACUUGAACGUCCCUCGUUUAACAUUACAAGUUUGUCACUCAUCCACUUGUACACUCAUCCUUUCGGGCUCUUCAGUGUUAUAGUGUUCUCUGUAGCACUAAAAUGACAAACAAAAUGCACCAUGUAGCAAAUAUGAAGUUACUCAAACACAGAGUAGAAAAGAUUUAUGCCUGUUUUAAAAAGCAGUUCAUGAUUUGUCACGGAGUUGUUCACGCAGCAGCCAUAUUCAUAUUAUGAAUUACUUUUCCACAUUCAGUCCAAAACGUGUGCAGCAAAAUCUGAGUCUUACUUCAACCCUCUCCUUCCUCCACAUUCUCAAAACAUUUUUUAUUUGGCUUUGGUCGCCUACGGGAAUAUAUUUAGAUUGUUGUUUUUAAAGCAAAGCAAGUCAACAAAAAAAUUUCAACCUGUCACAAAUCUGUAAGAAGAUAAUUCAAAUUGAGUUUGAAUAGGAUUACAUCAUCAUAACUACGCCAACAGAUAAAUAUGUCAAAAGAUCCAUCUGUAAAUAAAGAUAUUAAAGUCUGUGUAAAUUAAA